AUGAUGUUUCAAGGGAGACCAGUGCAGAAGGGGAAGAGUGUUGUUGUAAACAUGGAUGGCGGAAGAGGAGAUUACGAGACGAUUUGGAAUCUAAAUCAUCAAAUGAAUCAUCGUCAGUUUGAUUCGUUCGAUGGAUCAGAAUAUUUCUCAGGAGGAGGAUCAGGUCGAUUCCGCAACGAUAAUGAUGAGACUCUGUAUUCGGUAAUGAUGAAGAACCGGUAUGAUCUGAAUGAGUUUGAUUUAUGUAAUCAACUUAGAGAAAUGCAUGUAGGAAAUGGUUCGACUAGGUUUGGAGAAAGUUCUUACAGUAGGGCCAAUUCGUUCGUUUCUAAUCCUAAUCCCAAUCCUAAUCCUAAUCCUAUGAAUCUCUCUAUAAAUCAAACUGAAAAUCCCUAUUUGGUUCAGAAAGACUUUCUAUCUAGGAGUCAUUACCAGUUGCAGAAUGAUAAUGAUCUAGGAGCCAUUCUGUUAAGAAGACAGAAUGGAGUGAUUUCAAAACCUUCUUCUUCUUCAUCAUGCUCUACACUUUUCAAGAUGGAUGGAUCAGAUGAUAGCCUUGUUCUUGAAGGAAAUCUGUCUGAUCAUCAUCAUCAUCAUCGUUCUUCCUGUUUGCCGAAUUCGAAUUCUCCUGUUCAAUAUCAGAAUUACAUAUAUGUUAUGGCAAAGGAUCAACAAGGUUGUAGGUUCUUGCAAAGGAGACUUGGGGAAGAAACACAAGAAGGUGUGCAGAUACUAUUUAAUGAGAUCAUCGGUCAUAUUGUUGAAUUGAUGAUGGACCCUUUUGGUAACUAUUUAGUCCAGAAACUGUUGGAAAUCUGCGAUGAAGAACAGCUAUUGAAGAUUGUCCUCAUGGUAACUGAAAUUCCAGGGGAUCUUGUCAGAGUUUCUUUGAAUGCACAUGGGACUCGGGCUGUACAGAAAUUGAUCGAGACUAUCAAAACUAGACAGCAGAUUUCUCUAGUUAUUAUGGCACUCAAACCUGGUUUUCUUGAUCUUGUUAAGGACCCAAAUGGGAAUCAUGUUAUUCAGCUUUGUCUCGAACAGUUCAACUACGAAGACAACAAGUUUAUAUUCAGCGCUGCUGAGAGAUUUUGUGUCGCUAUAGCAACUCAUCAGCACGGUUGUUGUGUUAUGAAUCGCUGCAUUGCUCAUUCGGUUGGGAGAGAUCGCGAAAAUUUGAUUGCUAAAGUUGCUUCUAAUGGGCUUAAACUUGCACAAGAUGCUUUCGGGAAUUACGUUGUCCAAUAUGUAAUAGAGCUGAAAAUACCAUCGGUUGCUUCCAUCUUGAUGUCGCAGUUUGAGGGAAACUUUUGCGCACUAUCGACGCAAAAAUUCAGUAGCCAUGUCAUUGAGAAGUGCCUCAAGUUCAUUGAGUAUAGCCGUCCAAGAAUUGUCAAUGAGUUAUUGAAUGCUCCUCGAUUCGAUCAGCUUUUGCAGGAUCCAUUUGCUAACUAUGUUAUCAGAUCUGCACUCGAUAACACUAAUCCUAAGGGUAAUGUACAUGUUUCUUUAAAGAAGGCGGUUAAUUCAUAUCCUUCUUUGCGUAUGAGUCCUUAUUGCAAGAAGAUUUUCUCGCACAAUCGCGCCAAGACUUGAAAUGAGAAGA